AUGCCAGAGCCUACGCAGAUGACCCCCGAGCAGAGAAUAAAAGAAGCGACUCGCCGAGCGGCAGAAAGGCUAGAAGCAGACAGAAAGGAGCAGGAGCGAAACCUCGUCCUAGGAGGACUUGCUCCCUCCAGUGCUUUUGGGAAUGAGCUACGGACGCCGAAACUGAUGGACGAUGGGAUCGAGUCUGUCUUUCGGAACCGUAACCCGGCAAACAUGGCGCAGGCCUUAAAUCCCCGUCCGAGUGCGCGUUCAAGAUGGCAACGCCGUAUGGUCAUACGACACGUCCGGCAUGGUGGUCGAUUGAACAAAGAAAUGAAGAUCGCCCGGUCAGAACGGAAGCAUUUAUCCCGCUCGCAUUUCUUCAAGACCUCCAUGAAGAAAUUGGCACCGCUAGCUCGGCAGAUUGCAGGAAAAUCCAUUGACGAUGCAAUUCUCCAGAUGAGGUUUUCGAAAAAGAAGGUGGCUCAAGAUGUUCGUCAGCACCUGAUUCAAGCUCGUAAUGAGGCUAUUGUGAGCAAAGGGAUGGGUCUCGGAUCUGUGUCGGACCGUCAGAAGGUGGAAUUCGACCAAGAUCCUAGCGAAUCAAGACCACGUCCUCACCAAACCCCCUUGAAGACGUACAAGAAGAAUUACACUCCCCACGAAACUGAUAUUUAUAUCGCGGAAGCCUGGACCAACCGGGGACCAUAUGGGAAAGAACCGGAUUUCCGGGCACGAGGACGCAUGUAUAUCAAGCGCCCUCCUUAUACGGGCAUCAGUGUGAUGCUGAAAGAGGAAAAGACAAGGAUGAGGGAGAAAGCCGAAAAGGAGGCCAAAGCACUGAGAAAACGUUUGGGCAAAAAUAUGUGGGUUCAAUUGCCUGACCGGAAGAUCACCACUCAGCGACAACAUCUUCUGUGGUAG